AAGAUGUCUACUGAUGAUGAGAAAACAAAAAUAGCUAAGUUAGUCAAAGGAUUGGAAGUGCCAGAUAUAAAGCUCUCCGAACGAUGUUUGGGAUUGAUUAAAGAUUUUCAUGAAAAAUUCGAUAAAGAAAUAGAGCAGGAAGAAAAAGAGACAAAAUCUUUUAGUGAUGAAGUUUUGGAAAAUCCAUACAGAGUAGAUAAGAGUUUGCUCGAUGAGAAUGAAAGGAAACUAAAACAGGUUCUUAAAGACUACAAAAGGGCCAAAAAAAUAUAUAAUGAAAGAACAUUAUCAACAGAAACUGACCCCAAGCGACCUUGGCGAACACAUUCAAACAAGGAAAGACUUCUUCGUAUUAAUAAUGAAUUAAAACAUCACCAUGACAAAGGUUCGCACAAGAUUUGCCCCUUAGAUGAGCACAUCAUGAAAAAACUCGUACAGGAAUGCGAAGAAGAAGCACAAGUAGCAUCGAAAAUUCCAGCUACUACACUCCGCGAAACCAUCGACGAAGCAAAGAAAAAUUUACCAAACUUUCAGUACCGGAAGAUUGAUAACACUACUGCUACGAUGAUAUUACCCACAGCUCACAAUACAGAAAAUACAGACAGUGACACUAAUAUCCAAGCAACAGAAAGUAUCUAAAUAGUGCUGCUAAAAGUAACAAUUCUAAGAAGGUUUCACAAGAAACUGAAUGACGUAAAAUGUAUUGUACUGUUCAGCAUUCCUAUACUUAUUCCUACUAUAUUUAUUUUUCGUAAUGUA